GAUCUUCCCAUCGUUUCUCUCAUUCUCAUGGGCGCUUACUAUAUAUGUAUUGUUUCAGCCACGGGGCGCAAUAUUCAGAGGAUUAGCUUGAAAUUCCAGCUAGGGUGAGCUAAUACGGAGCAUCAAAAAGAAGAGUCGCACGUGUCGCAUGCAAAACCUCGACUUGUAAGGGGCUACUUAUGCCUCAGGCAUUGAGGAUAACAUAAGAACUUAAACAGGGGCGGACGAACAUUCUUCUAUCCUCAACUAUCCAAGUCGCUAAUCCAACCAAAACAACUCACAGUCGACCCUCAUCUUUCACUUACUUUACAAAUUUCACAUAGGCAUCAUGUCUACUGAGAUUGAUCUGAAACCAUUUGAGGUGGAAUUCCUUGAAACAUUGAAGAAGAGCAAAUACUCAGUAGUUUUCAAAGUCCACUUCCGGAAAAGAUUAUGUGUGAUGAAAGUGUAUCACGAUAGGGAGCCCUCUGAGUUGGAUCCCCGUGACCGCGAAGUCAAUCUCUUUAUUUCCGAGUCUACCGCAUACCAUCGAUUGAAAUCGAAGGGCUUCUGCGAGAGGGGAGUUAUCCCAGAUUUUUACGGAACAAUUAGAAAGAUCCAACCGGCUGCUUGGCCAAACCUUGACAUGUUUCUUGACGACAAACUACCGCCCAAUGCCAUACUUAUUGAGUAUAUUCAAGACCUGCAGCAAAUAGGCCUAUCCAACUUUUCAGAAGAACGCCUGGCUAAAUUUCGCGAGAUUCUCGGCGAUUUUCACAGGGCAAAAGUUCUCCACGGUGAUCCUAAGCCCCGCAAUAUGAUGGUAUCCUUAGCAUGCAAGAGGAUAGUCUGGAUAGAUUUUGAUUCUGCCCAAACUUUCUCUGAGGGUGAUCUUUCGCCAAGACAAGAGAAAUGGAUCAAAGAAGAGGUGGAAAUGGUAGACUAUUUUGUUAACGCCUUGGCACAAGAUUUUAAAGAAGGCAAGCUCAAUCGCACAAUAUCGUAUUAUUUCGACUGGUACGUGUAGGCGUAAAGACCUGGCUGGAUUAUGGUAAUUUUGUACUCAAUAUAAAACCUUGAUGCUUAAGAUAUGUUCAUUUCAUACUCAG